CCCACGUGGUUGGAGGUUUUUAGAAGUGUGGCUGCCGCUGUGCCGCGCAGCUCCGGACCUGUGCGGUGUUUGCUCUCUGCGCUCGCGUCCCCUCCGUCCAGCCGCCAUGAUAAGCGCCAGCAGAGCCGCGGCCGCGCGUCUCUUGGGCGCCUCAGCCUCCCGGAGUCUGGCGACCGCCCGUCACCAGGAUGGCUGGAAUGGUGUUAGUCAUGAAGCUUUUAGAUUUGUUUCAAGAAGAGAUUAUGCAUCAGAGGCAAUUAAGGGUGCAGUUGUUGGCAUUGAUCUGGGUACUACCAACUCCUGUGUGGCGGUUAUGGAGGGCAAACAAGCAAAGGUCCUGGAGAAUGCUGAAGGUGCCAGAACUACGCCUUCUGUUGUUGCCUUUACAGCAGAUGGAGAACGACUUGUUGGCAUGCCAGCAAAGCGACAGGCUGUCACCAACCCAAACAACACCUUCUAUGCUACUAAGCGUCUGAUUGGGCGUCGCUAUGAUGACCCUGAAGUACAGAAAGACACCAAAAAUGUUCCCUUUAAGAUUGUCCGUGCCUCUAAUGGUGAUGCCUGGGUUGAGGCUCAUGGGAAACUCUACUCUCCUAGUCAGAUAGGAGCAUUUGUUUUGAUGAAGAUGAAAGAGACUGCGGAAAAUUACUUGGGUCACACAGCAAAAAAUGCUGUGAUCACAGUCCCUGCUUAUUUCAAUGACUCACAGCGACAGGCCACUAAGGAUGCUGGCCAGAUAUCUGGGCUAAAUGUACUUAGAGUGAUUAAUGAACCUACAGCUGCUGCCCUGGCGUAUGGUCUGGACAAAUCCGAAGAUAAAGUCAUUGCUGUGUAUGAUUUAGGUGGUGGAACCUUUGAUGUUUCUAUCCUGGAAAUUCAGAAAGGAGUGUUUGAGGUGAAAUCCACCAAUGGGGAUACUUUCUUGGGCGGUGAAGACUUUGACCAGGCUUUGUUACGUCACAUUGUCAAGGAGUUCAAGAGGGAGACGGGGGUUGAUUUGACCAAAGACAACAUGGCACUUCAGAGGGUUCGGGAAGCUGCUGAGAAGGCUAAGUGUGAACUCUCCUCAUCUGUUCAGACUGACAUCAACUUGCCAUAUCUUACAAUGGAUGCUUCUGGACCCAAGCAUUUAAAUAUGAAGGUAACUCGAGCUCAGUUUGAGGGCAUCGUCGCAGAUCUAGUCAAGAGGACUAUUACUCCAUGCCAGAAGGCGAUGCAAGACGCAGAAGUCAGCAAGAGUGACAUAGGAGAAGUGAUUCUGGUUGGUGGCAUGACGAGGAUGCCCAAGGUUCAGCAGACUGUGCAAGAUAUUUUUGGCAGAGCCCCAAGUAAAGCUGUGAAUCCUGAUGAGGCUGUAGCCAUCGGAGCUGCCAUUCAGGGAGGUGUGCUGGCUGGAGAUGUCACAGAUGUGCUGCUCCUGGAUGUCACUCCUCUCUCUCUGGGUAUUGAGACUCUGGGAGGUGUUUUUACUAAACUUAUUAAUAGGAACACCACAAUUCCAACCAAAAAGAGCCAGGUAAGGGUUAUCCUUCCUCACAGGUUUUAAGUUCUAUGAGUGCAU